CUCUCUAUCAUCUCUGUACUCUUUCUUCUUCCUCAAUUAUCAACUUGGUAUCAGAUAUUUUGCUCGUGAAAUUGAAGCUCUAGAUCUGAAAAUUUUCUCCCGCAAUCAUUCUUCUCUGAAAUUUACUUGGUGAAAUUUUGUUCUGUCUAAAUUCCUCACAGCUGGGUGUUAAAUCAUUGAGAAAGAAACAAGAAAAGCGAAAAUGGGGACAACUGAAGAAACUCCAAAUCUCAAUUCCGGACUCAAUUCUAGAAAUCAGAUGAAUCAAGUGACAGGGAUCGAUUAUAAUCAUCCACUGUUGCCCUCACCUGCAGAUGUUAGCGGAAUUCAAAUCAUCUCAUUUCAGCUAACAGGUAUUGAAAAUUAGUCUAUUUGGAAUAGGUCUAUGCGGGUUGCUCUGUUGGGUAGGAAUAAAUUAGGUAUGGUUGAUGGUACAUGCAGUAAAAAUAGAUUCCCAGAUUCUAUGGAAAAUCAUUGGGAAAGAGUAAAUGCCAUUGUUCUAUCUUGACUUAUGAAUUCAGUGGCCAAAGGUUUUCUUGGAGGAAUUAUGUAUGCCUCUAGUGCACAAACAGUUUGGGAAGACUUAGCCGAGAGAUUUAAUAAAGUUGAUGGCUCAAGAACUUUUAAUUUGCAUAAAGAAAUAGCCACAUUAACUCAAGGCUCUGCAUCUCUCUCGGUUUAUUUUUCAAAACUUAAAGCUCUUUGGGAGGAAUUUGAAGCUUUAGUCCCCGCACCUGGGUACGAUUGUCCCAAAUCAAGAGAUUUUGUUAACUAUCUACUGAAGUUGAGGUUGUACCAGUUUUUAAUGGGGUUAAAUGAUUCUUAUUCACAAGCAAGAAGCCAAAUCCUAAUGAAGUCACCUCUAUCUACUGUGAAUCAGGCCUAUACCUUGAUAGUGAGUGAUGAAAGUCAAAUGUCUAUAGCAGCCAAUUCAGAAAUUCUUGGAGCCAAUCCUGUAGGAAACUUUGAAGUUGCUAUGUAUAACAGAAAUGGUGGAGGUGGACAAAAUCAAAGGUUCAAGAAGAACUUUAAUAUUCAAUGUGAAUACUGCAAAUUGAAAGGCCAUACAAAAGAAAACUGUUAUAAACUUGUAGGGUAUCCUCAAGAUUUCAGACAGAAGAAAAGAGGGUAUAAUGCUGCUCACAAUGCUAAUAUUCUGACUGAGAAUUAUAACAACCAGAAUCAAAACCCUACAGAACCUACAUUUACAUAUGGUCAGAAUACUAAUGUCAUAAACCAGUCUGCUUGUGGAAAUCAAGUAUCCUAUAAUCAAGGACUGGAAGCAGUUGCAAGCCAAUUGGGAAAUUAUACAUUCACAAAGAACCAAUAUGAUCAGAUUGUUCAGUUGUUGAAAAAAGGAGGAAUCUCAACAAUCACCAACAAUAAAGAUUCAGCUGCAAAUGUAACAGGAUCUCUUCACUGGGAAGGUGAGAGAGAUUGGUAAAGAAGAAAGAGGAUUGUACAUACUAUUAGCUCGACUGGCAAGGAAUAAGCAAAAUGUUGUGUAUGCUGCAAAAGGAUUGACUGCAAGUGAAGUAAGUCAGAUCAAUGUGUAGUUAUGGCAUCAAAGAUUUGGACAUGUGUCUGUUUUAGUGCUUAAGAAAAUACUGCCUAUUAAUGUACAGAAUAUGAGAGAUAAAGUAGAUAAAUGCACAAUUUGUCCUUGUGCUAAACAAACUAGAUUGCAGUUUCCUUCUAGUGAUAUCAGAAGUGUAUGCUGUUUUGAUUUGAAUCAUGUAGACCUAUGGGUCUUUAUAGAGUAGCUACUUUUGAUGGCAACAAGUACUUUCUAACAGUUGUAGAUGAUUACAGUAGAAUGACAUGGGUAUUUCUACUUAAACAGAAAUCAGAUGUACA